GAGGUACAUAAGGAGGAGAGCGACUGUGGAGCGGUCUCAUUUUCCUGGUAGGCAAGGCUUGCUUGGGUGUCUGGAUACAGAGGGGAUCGAGAACGCAAAGUUAUCUAGAUUCGACGUUCCCCAGCGUUCGCGGAUGCACCUCUAGCAACGAGUUGUGCUGACAAUUUUCAGGCAACAUGGUUAGAGAAGGGUCAGUAGAGCUUCCGUCUCCAGGAACACCCAUUGCCCUACCCAUUUUAAAGCAGUUUCUUAGCCUUCGUGAUGGGGUGAAUUCGGGAGCAGAGCAUCCAGAGCAUCAUCACCACAUAGAUGAGGAGAAUAACCACUCCUAUGAACUUGAAUACCUUAGUGGCUAUCACAAUCUAAAAGAAAAGAUUCAUAAUCGUAUUGAAUCCCAUGAUAAAUUCUUUUCAUUGGAAUUUUUCCCUCCAAGGACGAAAGGUGGAGCUGUUAAUCUAUUAGCUAGAUUUGACAGAAUGAGGGAAGGAGAUCCCUUAUUCUGUGAUGUUACUUGGCAUCCAGCAGGUAACCCAGGAGGGGAAUCUGAAACUUCAUCAUUGACUAUUGCUGGUGCUGCACUAAAUUAUUGUGGCUUGGAGACAAUGCUGCACAUGACCUGCUGCUCAAUGACCAAGACAGAAAUAACUCAGCACCUUCAACGAGCCAAAGAUGUUGGGCUUCGAAAUAUUUUAGCACUCCGGGGAGACCCUCCAAAUGGUGCAGAUGACUGGGUUCCACCUCAGGAUGGUUUUAACUAUGCCACAGAUUUAGUGAAUCACAUUAGAAAGGAGUUUGGGGACUAUUUUGUGAUAUGUGUUGCUGGUUACCCUACCGGCCAUCCUGAGGCUGAUUCAUAUGAAGAUGAUUUAAAUCACUUAAAAGAAAAGGUUGAUGCAGGUGCAGAUUUUAUCAUCACACAAUUGUUCUUCAAGGCUGAAACAUUCAUCAAGUUUGUCAGAGAUUGCAAAGCCAUAGGAAUCAAUUGCCCCAUAAUUCCUGGCCUGAUGCCUAUUCAGAGCUAUGACUCUUUGAGGCACAUUGUUAAGCUUUCCAAGCUUGAUGUUCCAUCUGAAAUCAUGGAUGUGGUAGCACCACUAAAGGAUAAUGAUGAGGCUAUCAGAAAUUAUGGCAUUCAUCAAAUGGUCACUCUUAUAAAAGAAUUAUUUGAUGCUGAUAUGGCUCCUGGAAUUCAUUUCUACACUCUUAAUAGAGAAGUUUCUACAACUGCCAUUCUCAAACAACUUGGGUUAUGGGCUCAGAGUCCAAGAAGACCUUUGCCAUGGAGGACUGCAGCAAAUUACAAGAGAAGUGGAGAAGAUGUUAGACCUAUAUUUUGGGCCUCUCGACCAAAAGCCUAUAUCUAUAGAACACAGCACUGGGAUGAGUUUCCGAAUGGAAGAUGGGGAAGCUCAGAAUCUCCUGCCUUUGGUGAAUUAAAGGACUACUAUUUAUUUUAUCUGAAGAGUAAAAGUUCUAAAGAACAGCUGUUAUCCAUGUGGGGUGAAACACUAGAAUUGGAGAAAGAUGUUUGGGAUGUCUUUCACGCUUAUGUCUCAGGGUCUUGCAAUAAAACUGGUAAAAAGGUAACCAAGAUUCCUUGGAAUGAUGAUGAACUUUGUGAAGAAACAACAUUACUUAAGGAUAAACUUGCAGACUUCAAUAAACGUGGAAUUCUUACCAUUAAUUCACAGCCCAAUGUUAAUGGUGCAAGCAGUGAAGAUCCUGUUGUUGGAUGGGGAAUGCCAGGUGGAUAUGUCUAUCAAAAAGCCUAUGUAGAAUUUUUCACCAGUAAAGAAAAUGUUGAUGCUCUCUUGAACAUUUUGCCACUCUUCCCCAGAGUAAAUUAUCACAUAAUCAAUGUUGACGGCUCUGCUGAUUUUAGCAACUGUCACAAGCAUAGACCAAAUGCUGUAACUUGGGGAGCUUUUCCGGGAACAGAGAUCAUUCAGCCAACUAUAGUUGACCCCAACAGUUUUAAGGCAUGGAAAGAUGAAGCAUUUGCCUUGUGGGGUGAAGAAUGGGGAAACCUUUAUCCAGAGGGAAGCCAUUCAAGAGAGAUCAUAUUCCACAUUGUUAAUAACUAUUAUCUAGUCAACCUCGUCGACAAUGAUUUCCCAAAGGAUUCUUGCAUUUGGGAUGUACUAGAAGCUAUGUUUGCUUGGAGGAAGAUACAAGAAGAAAAAUUGCAGGAUGCUGAAAAUGUAUCUACUCAGGCAUAGUGUACAUUGAGAUCAAAAUAUACCAGCACAAUAUAUGCAUUUGUAUGUGUGAGUUUACUCUUAUUUCUGUCAAAUUUAGUAAAGAAUUAGAUUCAUUAGUUGGAAAAUAAAUUAUCAGGACAUAUAGACAAUAUAUUUAAAAUAUGGCACUAAAAAAGAAAAAUGUUCAAAAUGGGAAAUUUGUUUUGUUUGAUAAUUAUCAGUGUAUACUGUCCUUCAUGAGUCAAUCACUAUUAUGGUGUAUGAAACCAAACAUUUUUCAUACUAGGUAGGUACAUUGUAGAAAAUCACUAUUCAUUUUGCAUUUUUCAUUGUGAAAUCACUAUUUAUUUUGUGUUAUUUUAUACCUGUGGUGGUAUAUUUUUAAAUGUGACUGUUAUUUCAUUAGAAUUAGAAAAAUCUUAAACCAUAUGGCUGUUAUAUCAUUGACAUAACAAAAUAAAAAGUUUAUGAUCCCA